AUGACACACCUGCCCGAUUUCUGCCGCAGCCAAGCGGUGCAGGGCUUCGGUCGCGGCUCCAAGCAGCUGGGCAUCCCCAUUGCUAACUUUCCUGAACAAGUAGUAGAUAAUCUUCCAGCUGAUAUAUCCACUGGCAUUUAUUAUGGUUGGGCCAGUGUUGGAAGUGGAGAUGUCCAAAAGAUGGUGGUGAGCAUAGGAUGGAACCCAUACUAUAAGAAUACAAAAAAGUCCAUGGAAACUCACAUUACACAUACCUUCAAAGAGGACUUCUAUGGAGAAAUGCUCAAUGUGGCCAUUGUUGGCUACAUCAGACCAGAAAAGAACUUUGAUUCUUUAGAAUCACUUAUUUCAGCAAUUCAAGGUGAUAUUGAGGAAGCUAAGAAACAACUAGAAUUACCGGAACAUUUGAAACUUAAAGAAGACAAUUUCUUCUAG